AUGGGUGCCUCUAAUACUAAAAUCCAAUCAAGUUUUUGAUGUGCAGUAGAGAGAAGAGAUUGUAAAGAUAAAAGUGAUACUUCAAGUAAAAGAAAAGUCAAGGGACUACAAGACCAUCAAAUAGUGGAUACAAAUUCUAAAACCAAAUUAGCUGAGCAAGAAAAGGUGCAAAAUAAACAAUCCUCAAAAGAGUAUAAGAAGAGACUCAUGAGAACGAAGCCUAAAAGUCAGAAAAUUUGUAAGGAAAAAGAAAAUAAAAACAAGGCUUUAAAGAAACCCCAGAAAAAAACUAGCAACAAAGAAUCAAUAACAGGCUGGGAUAAGCUUAUGAGUAGUAUAGAGCUCACCAAAUUCAGCAAAAAGUUCAGCCCUGCUGAAAUUAGAAGAGCUGGACUGUCAAACACCUCAGCUUCUAGAUCAAACCUUCAUAAAAGCACUUCCUCAGUCUCAAAACCCUCUCCAUUCUCCAAAGUCGCUAACUUCGACUUCUUCAAGGUCACAAGCGAGUACUCUUCCCCUUCCAAAAGGUCCAAACCCCAAAACACCCCCCUCAAGAUCGACAGCUGCUACCUCACUAAGACCAAAUCACAAACCUAUCCUCCCAAAAAACGCUCUCAGUUCAAAACCUCAACUUAG